ACAACGCAGCAGCCGCAACGUCGUCAUGACAACGGCCAAAGGCAAAACAAUGACCAAAUUCGCUUGGCAAUUGCGAAGUCAGCUGCAUUUGCUAACGGGAUUCAUAGCCGGAUUCGUGUGUGCCUUUGUGCUGCUCCUCCACAUCUACGAUGUGCGCAAUGGAAUCAACUGUUCAACCACCACCGCCAUAAGCAGCAGCAGCAGCAUCAGUAGUUUUAUCGGUUCCUCAGCUGCUUCAAUGAGUCUCGCGCAGUUUAAAAAUGAGUUGCAGUGGAAGGUGCCACCAGCUCGGGUGCUGUGCAUGGUGCUGACCUGUCCGGAGUACGUGGAGCGCUAUGCUCAGCAUGUGUAUGCCACUUGGGGCAGACGCUGCACCAAGUUGGUGUUUGUCAGCAGCGAGGACUAUGAACCCCUCGGGGUGGUCCAGGUCGUGGACGCCGAUGGAGGCUCAUAUCACGAUCUGUGGAAUAAAACGCGUGAGGGAUUCCGUCAUGUCUGGCAGGAGUAUGGAGAGGAGUACGAUUGGUUUCUCAAAGCCGAUGACGAUACCUAUGUCAUAAUCGAGAAUCUGCAUCACAUGCUCAGCGCCUACGAUGCGAAUAUGCCGCUCUAUUUUGGCUAUCAGAUGCGACGCUAUAAUGUGAGCUACAUGUCUGGUGGUGCUUCAUAUGUGCUCAGUCGCGAAGCAUUGCGCCGAUUUAUGAAACAGGCUUACGGAUUUGAUCAAAUCUGCCCAGAAGCUAGGAAGAUGGGCAUUGAAGACUUCUACAUGGGAAUUUGUUUGCAAAAUGUGGGCGUUCAUUUAAUUGACUCGACACGAGCCGUGGCCGAUGAUGACAAGCCGAAAUUCUUUCCCUUAGAUGUGGAGAGCUUUCUUUAUAAAAGCAAUGAGAGCAUACCAACAUGGUUACAAGAGAUGAGUGUCUCAGAAAUAGAUACGGGCCUUAAUUGCUGUUCAAACUAUUCAAUUGCCUUUCAUUACACUAAACCUGAACGUAUGUAUCUCUAUGAAUUUUUGCUAUACCAUUUGCGAGUAUUUGGCCAAAAGUGGAGUGCUGAGCAGUUGCCCAGGCGAUGGACAUUUUCCGAAAUGGUGGAAAUGUAUCCACUUGAAAAUAAUUCGGAAAUAUUAGAUUUGAGACAAAUGUCAGAGAAGCCGGAUAAUUUUUAGUUUGUAUUUUAGAUGUGAUUUUGAGCAACGAUAAUUUAAC